AUGCUGUUGCGUCCUUUCUACACAAAACAAAGCAAUUUCACCGAACACGUGGAUUUUGAGAAAAUUGCACAAUUGACGAAGAAGCUGCUCAUUCAGCCAUAUGACGUACGUAAACACACACUAUGCAAUCUAAAUAUUAGAGAAUUGUUAGGUCUUUUGAUGAGCUUGUGCAAAGAUAUACCAAAUGAAGAUUUCUACCCUCCUAGUACAUUAGAUCCUUCUGUUUCUGGGUUAUGGGAAGAAGUAGUUGCUAUUUUGAACAAAUUCCCGUGCGUAAAACUUGUUGAUAUUUACUCAUUUGCAUCAUCAUCAUCAUCAUCAUAUUUUGAGAACAAAGAGAUUCCUUUGGAAACGAGAAAGAAUGAAAAAUAUGAAUUGGCCAUAGAUUCUUCAGAGUAUGAUUUUCUUCUCGAGUAUUUACUUGAUUGUAAGUACAACCAAAUAAAAAUUCCAUUAAUCGAAGUUGGAACCAAAAAAUUUACUAAAAUCUCUGAGGUAUUAGAGAAUCACUGUGAAGGGCUACAAAUUCAGAAUGACUAUUUAUCAGUUAUUAAAGAUUCAGAAAACCUUAGGGCUAAGCUAAAGAAGCUGUACCUCCAUGAUUACGAACACUUUGAAACGGUCACAAAACUUAAGUGUGAAACUUUGAUUGUUGUUGGUAACGAAGUAGAUGCCUUCAGCUUAUCAACACUAGUUAACAUGAAUGAAAAUCUAAAACAACUCUCUUUUAGGGGAAGGCUUUAUUCUUACAUCCCAUUGGAUAUAAAUCCCAAUAUAAAAGUUUCUUAUGGAAUGCUAGUAUUUGACACAAUAAGUGAAUCGCAACUGGAAAAAUUAGGAAAUCUUGACUGCAUAGAGGACUUAUAUAUGAAUUUCAUUAUUGAUAGUACCUUAUCUCUUGAGUGGUUAAAACACUGUACGAAGUUGAAGAGGCUAUAUUUUUCGUUGAAUUUUGAUACCAGGCUUGAUCAAAUGUUAUCUGAGUCACAGUUUGUUAGUCUAAGAGAACUUACACUGAGACGCUGUCGACCAUUAAUGCAGGGAAUAGGAGAAGAUUCCACUAAAUUUCUACCAAUAGCUCCAAAAUUAGAAAAGUUGGUUUUAAUUGACUGUGAUGUUGAUGUUGUAUUACUCAACAGACUCAUCGGCCCUUCACUUUUCGAACUAUCCUUGAUCGACUGUACCAUUAGGUACAAUUCUUUUCUAAAACUUCCUCCAAGAAUAAAAAAGUUGACGCUUAUCAAUCACGAUGUGGAAAGUGUAAAAGAUUUGAUGUUCUUGUCAUACCGCAGUGAGACAAAAAUACCAUAUAAACGCAGAAGCUGCAUGCUGAAUGUCAAUGAUAAGCUCAUGACUAUCAAAAUACCAAAUAAUCGUGAACUUUAUUUAAUAAAAAUGGAUGAAUAUUACGAUGUUAUUGAGAUAAAUGAUGAAGUUAAUUCUAAAGAGGAAAUUAUAAAUGCUGUUGAUACCGGCUAUCUUAGUAUACCUGCUAAUUCAAACCUUCAACUAACAAUAUAUCCACAUUUCAACUCCAUCAGUCUCGAAUUUCUCAAAUCGUUGUGUGAGAUUUUCACCAUUGACCGUAUCAAAAUAGAAUUAUACUCAUACACUAAUGAUUUCAAAGAUUUUCGAGACGUUGAUGGUGAGUUGCGAAAGAAGCUUACCAUUUUCAAGUACGACAUAUCCCAGAUUCAAGACGUUUUGAAGAAGCUUCUAGUGUGCAACGCAACAGCUGGAGAGGAAUCCCGUUUCCUUUUUCCGUAUAUCUCCUUAGAAAGAGAACUAACCCAGGUACAAGACCCAAGAAAAAAUUCUGACGUUGAAUUUGAGUCUAGUACCUGCUUAGUUCCACAACCAAGAGCAAAAACUCUUUGUUCGACUAUAGAAAGAUCGCCAUUGGUACCUUUCAAAAGAUCAUCUGGAUCCAUCACAGCGACCACCACCACCACCACAACACCAACACCAACACCACAGACAAGUUGGGCCUCUGUUAAUACCGCCACUAGCACUAAUUCAGCGGUUCCACAGGUAAAACGUGCCAGGCAGGUAGGAUGCUAG